CAUCGCAAACCCAAUCCAUCUGAAAGGACCAAACCCACCUUCUCCUCAUCUUUACAAUCACAGAAACAACAUAAAAGCUUCAAGCUUUUUGUCUUUUUGAUAGCAACAACAAUGGUGGAAGGAAAGCAAGAAGUGUUAGUAGUUCAUGCACCAAAAGAUUUGAUGCAAAAUCCAAUCACGCAGUUGCAAACCAAGUUUAAAGAAUUAGAGAAUGGGUUCAAGGGCUGGCUUGCCCAACAAUCUUUACCGGUUGAGGCCGCCGUUGUCACCAUCACUGGGGCAGCUCAGGGUGCGGCCAUCGGUGGUUUCAUGGGUACACUCACCAACGAUGUCGCCACCUCUUUUCCAGCUGCACCACCUCCUGGCGCCUCCCUGAAUCCACAGACUAUGGCGUCCUUCCAGCAAGCUCAGGCUCUUUCAGGAGGGCCCUUCAUACAGGCCCGUAAUUUUGCUGUUAUGACGGGCGUGAAUGCAGGCAUAUCGUGUGUCAUGAAAAGAUUAAGAGGCAAGGAAGAUGUCCAAUCAAGUAUGGUAGCAGCUUUCGGUUCGGGGGUCAUGUUUUCUUUGGUUAGCGGCAUGGGGGGGCCUAAUCAGGCUGCAAAUGUAAUCACGUCUGGCGUUUUCUUUGCACUCCUUCAAGGUGGACUCUUUAAGGUAGGGGAGAAAUUCUCAAAACCCCCGGUGGAAGACGUGUUGUACAAUAAAACAAGAUUCAUGUUGUCUAGUCUUGGUCUUGAAAACUACGAAAAGAACUUCAAAAAGGGACUGCUAAGCGAUAACACUUUGCCGCUUCUUACUGACAGUGCUCUACGAGACGUAAGUAUCCCUCCUGGACCACGACUCAUCAUUCUUGAUCACGUUCAAAGGAACAAGGAGGUGAAGAAAGGUGGUAGGUGGACAUAGGAUUUAUUCAAAUGUAGGAUUAUUAUGCACAAGAAGAAGAAGAAGAAGAUGAUGAUGAUGAUAAUAAGAGGCUGGUUUUGGUAGCAAAUUCAUUUUUAUGCAAUAAAAUAUGGCCCCCCUUUGGAUUCCUAGGGGGCGGGUUUUGUGUAGGACUGGUCGUCGUUGACGGUAAUCAAUCCUUUUGCUAAAAGAUAUGGUCCUUUUGAAGAUAUGGAUGGGAAUAAUCUGUUAAAUUAUCCAAUAAUUGCAAUUGAAUUCCAGUAUGUGUUCAUUUCCUAUUGUAUUCUUUC